GGCAGCUGAGAGAAAAGAAAAAGGGGGCGGCUGAGAGAAGAGGAUGUGGAUUCUAUCUUAGGUUCUUUGUAUCUCUUUUUAGUUGAACAUGGAUUUGGAUCCUCUCCUUCACUCUCCUCUCCAUCUCUCUCAAUCCUCUCUAUCUCUCUCUUAAUCUCACUCUCUCUCACUAUUAUUUUAAAAUUUUUUAUUGAAGAGAGAUUGAAAUUAAGAGACAAAUAGAGAGGAUUGAGAGAGAUGGAGAUGAGAGUGAAAGAGAGGAUCCAAUCACAGUUGAACAUACAUUUGUAACUCAAUUGGUAUCAUAUCAAUACUAAAUAAAAUUUAUGUCAUCAUCGCAUUAAAUAUGCAGGGGUUGGGAUUUAAAGUACACUCCCUUCAUUAUAACAACAACUACUAAAAAAUUAUGUUCAAGUUGUUACUGGGUCACUCUAUGACGAAUCGUUUGGAAAAAUUGAAUUCGAUUUCUCAUAGAGACAAUUUUUGAUCUAGUUUACUUUAACUUAAUUUUGGAAGGAAAAUGCGAAAUUAUUUUGCAAGAGAAAGAAAAAUUGAAUUCGACUCCUGAUACAAACAAUUUUUUUGGGUCAAGUUUUUAUAUGUUUCUUUAUUCCUCCAUAAUUUUUUAUUAAAAAUCAAACAAAGGUGUAAAGUUUCAUUUCAGACACAGGUUUUAAUAGCCACACAAGAUUCAAAUUCUGUCUCAUUCUGUGUGAAUCUAAUCUAAUAUAAUAGAAGAAGUGAAACAGAGAGAGAAAAAAAUCAAAAUCAAAACAUGUCUCUUAAUUCUCCAUUGAUUGUUGAAGAAACAAAACAGAACAACAAACAAGAAGAAAGAAGAGAAUUAGUUGAAGAAGUUAAGAAACAGUUAUGGCUAUCAGGACCAUUGAUUUCAGUUACUCUUUUAAAUUUUGGUAUCAAUCUUAUAUCAGUUAUGUUUGUUGGUCAUCUUGGUGAGUUGUCUCUCUCUGGUGCUUCUAUGGCUACUUCUUUUGCUUCUGUCACUGGUUUCAGUUUAUUGGUAGGAAUGGCAAGUGCCUUGGACACAUUAUGUGGACAAUCAUACGGCGCAAAGCAGUACCGCAUGCUCGGCGUGCACAUGCAAAGAGCCAUGUUCAUUCUCAUGAUCGUCGCGAUUCCCCUAGCGAUUAUUUGGGCAAACACAAGAUCCAUCCUCACAUUCCUUGGCCAAGAUCUGGAAAUAUCUAGAGAGGCAGGGAACUACGCUAUGUUAAUGGUUCCAUGUCUUUUUGCUUAUGGUCUUCUACAAUGCCUCAACAGAUUCUUACAAACUCAAAAUAUUGUAUUUCCAAUGAUGUUUAGCUCUGCGGUUACAACAUUACUUCAUCUUCCUCUAUGUUGGAUUAUGGUAUACAAGUCUGGAUUAGGGAGCAGAGGGGCUGCCAUAGCAAAUUCUAUAUCCUAUUGGGUUAAUGUUACCAUAUUAGCACUCUAUGUCAAGUUUUCUCCUUCAUGUAAAAAAACAUGGAAUGGCUUUUCUAAGGAAGCACUUGCACUGAACAAUAUACCAAUUUUCUUGAAGCUUGCCAUUCCUUCAGCUGUAAUGGUUUGUUUGGAAAUGUGGUCAUUUGAGUUAAUGGUUCUCCUUUCCGGUCUUCUUCCAAAUCCAAAGUUGGAAACAUCAGUACUUUCUAUCUGUUUGAAUACAUCAGCAGCUGUUUGGAUGAUCCCAUUUGGACUUAGUGGAGCUAUAAGCAUUCGUGUUUCGAAUGAACUUGGGGCUGGUCAUCCACGGGCCGCACGUUUGGCAGUGUACGUCGUUGUAGUGAUUGCCAUUAUUGAAAGCAUCGUAGUUGGAGCAGCGAUGAUACUAAUUCGCAAUAUAUGGGGCUAUGCUUAUAGCAAUGAAGAAGAAGUUGUCAAAUAUGUAGCAAGUAUGUUGCCAAUUCUUGCAGUAUCCAACUUCCUGGAUGGAAUGCAAUGUGUUCUUUCAGGCACCGCUAGAGGAGUUGGUUGGCAAAAAAUCGGCGCGUAUAUCAAUCUGGGAUCAUACUAUUUAGUUGGGAUUCCAGCAGCCGUUGUCCUAGCUUUUGUAUUGCAUAUUGGUGGGAAGGGGCUGUGGUUGGGGAUCAUAUGUGCACUCAUUGUUCAAGUUUUUUGUCUAACGAUCGUUACAAUUCGCACUGAUUGGGAGAAAGAGGCAAAGAAGGCUACUGAUAGAGUUUAUAAUUCAAUAACAACAGAGAACUUAGUCUCAUGAAGAGUAUUUUUUUUUUUUUUCUUGUAAAGAAAUUUACACAUAGCCUAUCAAACAAGCAACAAUAGAAAAACCUUUUAGUAUUGGAGAAUAGUUUUGAAUGAUCCCCACCUAAGAUAUCACCUAUCUUUAAAACUCUCAAAUUCAUAGUAUUUUCCAAUAAAUAAUUACUA